AUGUACCGCAGUGUUGCUGGCGAAAACAAAAUACGAUCGAAGACGACUCUAACUCAAGAUCGUGAGUGCUCACGCGCCUAUGGAACCGUUGAGGACUACAAGAAGGACGCGUUUUAUGACGAGCUCGGAUACCAAGGUAGCAGGCGACGCAGCCGAUUCCAGCCACCACCCAGUUCUACUCGUCUUGAUAGCACGGUUCCAAAAAAGAGUCGUGGACUCCAAUAUCAGCUGAAUCUGGACUUGGCAAAUCUGAAAGACAUCGACCAUUACUGGAUUGCGGACCAAAAAGAGAAUGAACGACGCUGA